CGCCCCCUCCCCCCCCCCUCCCUGUGCCCCCGUGAGGGUGGCGGCCGCUCGCCGCCGCCAUGUUCCACAGCAGCACGCAGCGCCGGCACUGGACCUUCGGCAGCGAGGAGGAGCUGGCUCGGAGCCGAGCCGAUGCCAACCGCAAGUUCCGCAGCCGAGUGGCGGCGAACGGGAAGGUGGUGCCGAGCGAGCUGUGCCUGCUGGAGCCCCAGGAGGAGCUGGCGAUCUGCAAGUACUACGAGAAGCGGCUGCUGGAUUUCUGCGCCGUCUUCAAGCCCGCCAUGCCGCGGUCGGUGGUGGGAACAGCUUGCAUGUAUUUUAAACGCUUUUACCUGAACAACUCAGUGAUGGAGUAUCAUCCUCGGAUAAUAAUGCUAACGUGUGCGUUUUUGGCAUGUAAAGUAGAUGAAUUUAAUGUGUCCAGUGCACAGUUUGUUGGUAACCUUCGAGAAAGCCCUGUUGGACAGGAAAAAGCUCUCGAACAGAUACUGGAAUAUGAACUGCUACUCAUUCAACAGCUGAACUUCCAUCUUAUCGUGCACAAUCCAUACAGGCCGUUUGAGGGAUUUUUAAUUGAUAUUAAGACUCGUUAUCCAAUGCUGGAGAAUCCUGAAGUGUUGAGGAGAACAGCUGAUGACUUUCUCAAUCGAGUGGCUCUGACAGAUGCAUAUCUACUCUUUACCCCCUCACAGAUAGCUCUCACUGCUAUCCUAUCUAGUGCUUCAAGAGCAGGAAUUAACAUGGAGAGUUACUUGUCAGAAAGCCUUAUGCUGAAAGAAAACAGAACAUUCUUGGGCAAGUUACUAGAUGGCAUGAAAUGCAUGAAAAAUCUUAUAAAGAAAUAUGAACUGCCAAGGCCUGAAGAGAUUGCUGCUCUAAAACAGAAAUUAGAGAAGUGUCACAGUCCGGAGUUUUCACUUAAUUCCAACAUGAAGAAGAGGAAAGGUUGUGAAGAUGAUGACUAUAACGCAAAAAAGCCGAAAAUUGAUGAGGAAGAAUGUACCGAUGACGAGUUUGCGGAAUUGGUGUAACCCCGAAGAUGGAAUCCUAUCACUGCAGUACCCGCUGUCUUGUGACGCGUGAACGUGUCUGCCAAAGGUUCAUUAGCCUGUAUUAGCACGAGGUAUUUGCUCUGUUGCUAUUUAAUAUACUUGCAAUAAAGUGUUUUAUAUACUUCAA